AUUCAUAUCCGUACUGGGGAGUGUUUCUCGGUCAAACAACAAAAACAUGUCUGAGUGUGACAGGCUGAACCGUUAGUUGGUAGCUUUCAGCCACCCGCUGUCACUGCUGCUGGUCGUCGAUCCGACCGAUUGCUUUAUGGUUCCUGUCGUGUUCACGGCAGAUAACCCAGAGAGAUGCCACAGAAAGCACUGGGAUCUAUUGUAGGUCUUCUUUGUACCGGGACCUGUCUGGUGCAGGGAAAGGAGUUUUGUUCGGGGGUAAAUAAUGAACAGUACCGCUGUGAGAUGGGUUACUGCUGUGGGGAGACAGAAUGCUGCACGUACUACUACGAACUAUGGUGGUUCUGGUUGGUAUGGACUCUAAUCAUAAUGCUCAGUUGCUGUUGUGCCUACCGACACCGGAGAGUUAAAAUGCGUCUACAACAGGAGCAACGGCAACGUGAGAUCAGCCUAAUGGCCUAUCAGGGUGCUUCCAGCUCCUUCAUUACACCGCCACCUCUCAAUUUAAGGUUCUGGAAUGACUGCAAGCUUCCCGACUACGAAGAAGUCGUGGGUCACCCCCCGACCCCGCCUCCCCCGUACUCUGAAAACCCUCCCGAGUCAGCUCCGGCUGCCGCCCCUCAAAUAGGCCAGACGGUUUCCGUCUCCGUACCACGGAUGUUCCCUGACGCAGAGCCAGCGGCACACUGUCAGGCAUCGGGCGUCUCGUCAGACGAGGGGGCAAUGUCACAAGCUGACCAACCACAGAGCCGGGGAGAGGAGAGCGUAGAUGUUUUGCCGUCUGGGGCGGCGGCGGCAGCGGAGGAGGGGGAAGAUGAGGAGGACGACGAGCUCCUAACCCGACGCCGGCACGUGACCGGCGACUCGGGGAUUGAGGUGUGCGUUUGCCAGCUGGACGUGGACGAGGGCUCGGGGCCGGAGGAGGAAUGCGACGAGGAAAACAGGAUGUGCAAAGGUGCCGGCAGGGACUGCUGCUCCGGACGCCCGCAGGAGACCUUCAGGCAGAAGGAGUGCGCCUCGGAGCUGCCCGGCCAGUCCGCCAACACCAGCACUGGAGACCACAUGGUGUGAUCCACAGCAUCAACAACUAGCAAACUAAUGCAGCUUCCAGCUUCACACAGGGCCAUAACUAUCGCCAUCGUCAUUGGCACGGGGGGGAAUGGCUACGCUUUAUUUCCCUGAACUAAUAUUUGCGAAAUGAUGAUGAUAACUAAUCAGUUCUGGCUUUUGUUUAGGAUUGAUACAAUAACGAUGUGGGCAAAGCACGGCUUAUUCCCUAUACUUCUCUUAGCGGGGGGCUGGAGGGGAAGAUCCAGCAAACGUUCUGCUUCUCUGUCGGGUAUAUUUCUACCUUCUGUUCGGCGUGAGAACGUCACUGAGUGGCGAAAAAGAAAGGAAGCGGCCAUUUUGGACUGAAGGCAGAAGUGACCGUUUCUCUCGCCGCCACCUGCAGCGCUGCUUUCACGUUUCUGUUCCAAAGCCCUCGUAGGUCAGAACAUUUCCGCCCUGCCCUCCCAACUGAGGCUUGAAGCGUGCCGCAAAACACGGCAAAGCGACGUUUCUCGGGCCUCCCCCAAGACUGAACACGUUUGAGGGAAGAACAAACAUUUUCAGCAAUCAGCUUGAUCUUACAAAAAUUAGAAUCAGAUUAUGUUGGGUUUUUUUUUUUUCUUCUUCCCAAAGCCGUUUAAUGCGUUUAAGUACUGAGUGCUUGCUGUGAAAUCUAGGCCACAGCUGCACAGUGAUGUCAUCUAUGAGGUCAUCGCCGCCCAUGUUGGGGCGGAGGGGCUGAAAACACUUGAGCGGAGAAGAGGUCCGCUUCUUGUGUUUUAAAUGUCACGCUGUUUUUUUUUCUUUCUUUCUUUCUUCUCUUUUGAUAUCAUAAUGUUGUCACCAGGGCUGCUUAGUAUCUAAUUAGAAUGAUGAAAGUGGUGCUCGGCAUUGUAGUGAUUUAUUGAUUGUAUGCAUGUAUGCAUGCGAUCUUCCCCUACUUCAGUUCCCAGCUGCAGUAAAUCCCUUGUACUAACAUGGGCAGGUCUUUAGUCAAAAAAAGGUCUUGAGGGGAGCUCUAUGUUUAUUUAACUUGUUAGCGCUGAGGGAAUUUUUAUCACUCAGCAUGUUGUUGUUUUUUUUUAUGUCAGUACUGAAGGAUGUAGUUGCUCUUUGAUUCUUUGCUUUUUCAUCACAUAACCAGCUCUGCUUUAGUAAAUGCCACAGGUGUCCUGAUUCCUUGCAGCGGAUUUCCUGGAUGCGGUUGUGUACGGCUGACAGUGCAGUGACGAAAUUAUGAGAUAUGCUUUUGAGAUCGGUGAGGUAAAAAUUCAAAGCACUGAUUUUGAUGUUUUUUUUUGUUUUGUUUUGUUUUUUUCUUUUUGCACGUGGCAUGACUUGGUGUUUUAUAUUCGAGUGAAUUAGCAUAUUCCGUCAUUUUUAAUACUUGCUCUGCUCAUCACGUCCAACGGUCUUACCCUGCGGUGGCCGAGGAACUCAGUUUAAAUAUUUUUAGGGGUAAAGCGGUGGAGCGAUUCCUUUUUCGAUGUCUUGAUGUAGUUUUCUUGAUGAGUGCUAACUAGGUAGCUGGUGCUGUCGUGGGUUUCUGUUCUUUCUAGAGCUGCUGUCCGUGUGAGGGAUUUGCAGUGGCAUUUUUCCACUGGCAGCAGAGGGCCAGUACAUUAGCAAGCUGAGAUGGUUGCAAGCUCUGCUCGGCAGUCGAUUUGGUCUUGGCACGACCACAGAAAUGCUUGCAAUGAACUGCAUGUUCCGCACUAAUGCAUGCGGCUUGUUUUCCCGAACUGUAGUUUGUCCGCUUGGAAUAUUACCCAAAAAAAAAAAAAAACAUGCGACAGAUGGGGAAAGCCGCGGCGUAAUGAAGUUCCUACUCUGACAUUCUUCAAGUUAUUGUCAGGAAAUAAACCUUAAAAGAAUGAAGUUUGGGAAAAAAGAAAAAAAAGAUCAAGCUUUUUAUACAUCGGCUCUGAUUGUGUGUAAAAACUCAGGUCACCUCACAGGAUAAGUGCACGCAUGCACCCACAAUGCAAUGCUCUAAAGCUGCUUCUUUGGCAAUAUCAGUGGCUUUAAUAUUCCAACCGGGCAUGGGCGGCUAGGAGAUUAUCAUGGUGUAUAUAAUGUUUUAAGAAUAUUUACACACACCCAAAAAAAAAAACACCUGCUAAGUUUAGAAGUGAAAAAGCAUAGCAGCUCUUUCCUUACCAACUGAAAAGCAGUGUGCAGCAACAAGUGGGGGAGGGGUUUUAAUUGAUCACAAUACGAUUGGAAAAGCUGCACAAAACUUGAGCCUUGAUCUCGAUAGCUGGUCCAUGCCUAUUUGUUUGGGGUUUUUUUAAAUGGGUUCAGUGCCUGAAUCAGACAACACCAGUCCGACUUUUGUACAAGAAGUUUACACCAUGGCUUCAUAACGAGGAGGAACUCAAACACUUCAGUGUUGCUUGAGAAAAAAAAAAGUUCUCUUAUUAGUUCCACACAAAACACAUAAAGUCAUUUUCUUUCUGCACAUCAGAAUGAAAAUGUUUCCUCUCUUCAUUGGCCUGCAGCAGCUUUUUUUUUUUUUCUCUAGGUUGUAGUUGGUUAGGUUAGAGUGCUGCUGCGGCUAGAAUGUAGCAGAGGAACACGGCAGAACGUGUCGGGACAGAACGAUGCACACCACGCACCGCGGGCUGAAACUAUCAAAAUGUUCCCGUUCCUUUUGUUGCGAUAGUGCUGCGUCACCUAACAGGUGCUUGAACGUGAAGCCAUUCUGACAUGACCUUUGCAGAGGAGUGGUUGCAAUGUGAGCAUGCCUGCACACCCCUAAGCAGAUUUCAUAAACAGUGUUUUAUUUUAUUUUUUUCUUGACAGCAUACCUUAAGCUGCCUUGUUGCAUUUCUAUAGAGCCGAUGUCUUGAUUAGAGCUGCACAGAUAAUAUAUAUAACCUCUGUAUGUGGAAACUGGUGUAAUACUGCCUUAUUAGAGUAGAUGUAGUCGUCUUUUUUUUUUUUUUUUAUAAAUCGUAAUAUUUGUGCAAGCAUGGUUGUAUUAGAGAGCAAAGGAGCACUGUUGUGUCAGUAGAAAGUAGCAUUUAAUCUCGUUCUGGAAACGUUCGCAGGCUCUUUGCUUAGAGGAUGUGGCGUACAUUUAAAAGCCACCGAACUGAAGUGGUUUUGUUGCUGAGAAGUGGUUGUUGAAUUUAAAAAAAUACUGUGUGUAAUUAUAGCUGUGGCACUGAUGAGAUGUGUUCACACCAGAUUUGUUGUGCUCAGUUUUGUUUUUUGCUUUUCUGUGCUUUAGAUUGAAGCACGAGGAAGCAAGAUUGUUGCUGUUACUGUUUUAUUUUUUUAUUUUAAUUUUAUUUUAUUUUUUGGAAAUGACUCACCGUUGUUCACAGUGCCUUGCAAAAAUAUUCACAUCUGCUGAAGUUUUCCAUCCUCUUUCAUCCAACAACCAUAAAUCGUAUUGUGGUGUUUUAUAUCACAGACCAAUACGAAAUUGUGCAUAAUCCGAAGGAAAAACAUGUAUGGGUGUCUAAUAUCUAGAGACUUUUUUUUCACCGAUUCUUUGCGGAUUAAGUAGUGAUUUUUAUUCGUUUGUUGUUGUUUUUUGCCCAGACUUUAACUGGACCAUUCUGUCACAUGAAUAUGCUGUGACCUAAACCAUUCCACCGGAGCUCUCGCCAGAUCUUUAGUGUCGUCUUGCUGGAAGGUGAAUUUCCCCCUGAACUGCCUCACUGGCCCAAAGCAUCCCCACACUAUGACGCUGCCACCACCUUGUUUGGCAGUGGGAACGGCACGUUCAGAUCGCUGCGUCGUUUGUUUUCCACCAUUCUGGUCCCACCGGACCAGAACCUCUCCUUCCACAUGACCGCUGCAUCUCCUGCACGGCUGGCUCCUCAUAGAACCAGGUUCUGAAGCCUUUGGUGAAAUUAUACUCAGGUUGACUCUGUUUACAAAAGGAUGUGAUUUCAGAAGGUCAUUGGUUGUACCCUUGAUUAGAGGUAUCGGAGAAAAUGCAUAUGGAUACCUCACGUUUUUCAAAUCUUUUGUUUGUAAGAAAAAAAAAUAUAUAAAAUAAUUUGAAGUCCUCCUUUCACUUCACAGUUAUGCACUACUUUGUGUUGGUCUGUCAUAAAGCAUAAGGUACCUUGAGGUUUGUGGUUGCUAUGCGACAAAACAUGGAAAGCUUCAAGAGCUAUGGAUACAAGGCAAGUUGUACAUGUACACAUUUAAUACCAGUUACAGCAGUGGAGGGCAGUGAGGUUAGGGGCUCUUUUGUAAAUCCCUCCUUUAUUUUUACACAUUUCCCGAGACUAAGGGCUAAAUAUUAAUCAUAAAUUGUCAUCAGACGUAUGCUCUACUGAGCGAUUAAUCGGUUUUGUUCUUUUAUUUUUAAUUUUUCUCAAACCACAGUUACAGUGAUCCACUAUCUGAACACAGAUGCGUAAAGUGAACUUUGGUUGUUUUCCAAUGUGGUGGAGCUCAUAUUUAUAUAUUAACCUGUUGUAUAUGAACUUGUGUGUGUGUGUGUGUGUUUGUUCUUUAUUUUAGGCUUUGUCCUUGCCUUCUUGUUUUGUCAACCUUAACAGAGGUGCGUGAUGGUCUCUCCUCACACGUUAUGUUCACACUGAAAACACACGUAACCGUCUGCAUGCGUGGAUGUGUGUGGAGCGUCACCGGUGGACUGUGACUCCACCCUCAGAAACUGCAUUUGCUUGUUUGCCUCCGUUUGCGCCACCUUCCCGAC